UAUUCCAGACCUAACCUAUUUAAUACUGGCUCUGGAAAAGAAAACAUCAAACGCAAGUUUCGGCAAACUAGCGAAAAUCUGUAAAGAAUAUUUAUACCAAAUUGUCCAUUCUUCAUCUAUUAAUAUGGCUGAUCGACUGACCCAAUUGCAAGAUUGUAUUAAUCAGCAGGCCGAGCACUUUUGCAAUAGCAUUGGGAUUCUUCAACAAUUUGCGCCCCCCAGCAAGUUCCCUAAUUUUGACCGCAGUGGAUCACAAACACCCCAACAGCAAACUCAGGAAGACUAUGUUCAACUGUUCACCACCCUUAUUUCCCGAUGUGCUAAAGACAUCGACACGCUUAUUGAGUCGCUGCCCAGUGAAGAGAAUUCCACAGAAUCGCAGUUAUCGAGCUUACGGCAGUUGGAACAAGAAAACCAGGACGCAGCUGACCGGCUGGAUGCAAUAGUACGGUCAGGCCAGGAGCUGCUGGAAAAAGUCCAACUGGCCCUUAGUGAUAUUGCACAGGCUCAGCUAGAUAUGCAGCAUCUCACAAAAACAGCCGCGGGAGGGACAGAAUGAUUAAGGGGGAUAAGGAGAGUGCGAAAUGUGAACAAUAUAGGGAGUGGACAGGGCGAAGGCCCAAGCAGUGAUGCGCUGGCAAAUAUUGCAUGUUCUUUUGAAAACAAUGACCUUUUCCUGAACUAAUCAGGAGCUCUUAAAGGUAACAACAUUUAUUAAACUGUACAAAAUCUUACACGUUUGAAUUUCAAACCAUUGCCUAAAUUCUGUGUAGUAGUCGAUUGUAGUUUCAAUUUUUAAUCAGUGAAUGUGGACGAUCUGUAAAACACUGUUGGUCGGGGUUUACGCAAUGAUAAAAACAACAAACCUAAUUGACAAAGUUUUGGAAUUUUACAAACAUUGUAUUGCUUUCACCCAUAGAUUAAAUAAAUUUAAAAAAGUC